GUUUUCCUGGGUCUGCUUGGGGUCUCGGCUGCCAUGCCAAUGCCAAUGCCCCGAAUGCCUGGAUUUAGCAGUAAAAGUGAAGAGAUGAUGCGAUAUAAUCAAUUCAAUUUUAUGAAUGCCCCACCAAUGAUGCAUAUGGGCCCAUGGCAAAAUGGUUUGCCGAUGCCUCCGCACAUGCCUCCGCAGUACCCUCCAUACCAGAUGCCCAUGUGGCCUCCGCCAGUCCCCAAUGGAUGGCAGCAACCCCCAAUGCCCAAUUUCCCAAGCAAAACUGAACAAACCCAGGAGACCGCCAAACCCAACCAGACCGAUCCACAAGAGCCACAACCACAAAAGCAGCCUUUAAAGGAACCACCAAAUGAAGCAGCACGGGCCAAAGAUGAAGCCCAGCCACCUCAGCCAUUCCCACCAUUUGGCAAUGGGCUUUACCCCUAUCAACAACCACCAUGGCCAAUUCCACAGACAGGACCACCAACAGGGUUCGGACGGCCCAAGUUCAGCAAUGAAGAAGGAGGUAAUCCUUAUUAUGCAUAUUUUGGAUAUCACGGCUUUGGGGGCCGUCCUUAUUACUCAGAAGAGAUGUUUGAAGAUUAUGAAAAACCCAAAGAAAAAGAUCCUCCUAAACCUGAGGACCCGCCCCCAGAUGACCCACCCCCAGAGGCCUCUACAAAUUCAACAGUGCCUGAUGCUAAUGCCACUCAAUCAAUUCCUGGAGGGGGUCAAGGUGGAAAUGACUCUAGCCCAGUAGGAAACACGGGCCCUGGGCCUAAUGCUGGGAACAAUCCUACAGUUCUAAAUGGUGUCUUCCCUCUCCUUAAAGUUAAUGUUUCAGGCCAGGGAGUACCGAAAAACCAAAUUCCGUGGAGACCAAGUCAGCCAAAUAUUUAUGAAAAUUAUCCUUAUCCAAAUUAUCCUUCAGAAAGACAAUGGCAAACCACUGAUACCCAGGGGCCUAAACAGAACGGACCUGGUUACCAAAAUCCACAAAUCCAAAGGGGUCCUCAGUGGAAUUCCUUUGCUUGGGAAGGCAAACAAGCUACUACUCAUCCAGGAAAUCCAACUUACCACAAACCUUCCCCUCCUACCUCAAGAGUUAAUUAUCCCAACUAUGCAGGAAAUCCAGUCAAUUUCGGAAGAAAACUGCCAGGGCCAAAUAAACCAUUUGUGGGAACCAAUGUGCCCUCAGUGGGUCCUAAACAGGUUACUGUUAGCCGCAAUAUGAAAACCCAAAAUCCAAAGGAAAAGUCACUAGGUCAAAAAGAAAGAACAGUCACUCCUACCAAAGAUACAGGCAACCCCUGGAGAAGCUCUAAACAAUAUGGAAUUAACUAUCCAAACUAUAAUUUGCCUCACCCUGAGGGUAGCAUGGUAGGCCCAAAUUUUAAUUCCUUUGAUCAACAAGAAAACACCUACUUCUCAAGAGGAGAUUCCAGAAAAGUAGCAAGUCCUAAUAGACAAAUCCAAAGUCAGAAUUUGCCCAAAGGAAUUGCUUUAGAGCCAAGAAGAACCCCAUUUGAAUCAGAAACUAAAAGACCUGAAUUAAAGCACAGUACAAACAAGCCUGUGUACCCUAAGAAAAACCCUUCUCCUACAAGAGGACAUUUCCCUGCUGGAAGAAAUAACUGGAAUCACCAAAAAACCCUUCCGCCCUUAAAAGAAGGCCAUGGGAGGAAAGAAGAAAAUUUACUUCAUCCUCCCUAUGGCUCUAGAGGAAAUGUUUUUUACCAUGAAUAUAAUAAUCCUUAUCCUAAUGAGAAAUCACCAUACCUUAGAAGCAAUACAUGGGAUAAGAGGAUCGGCACUCCCGGUACUAUGAUGCAACCAGAAAAUCCACAGUAUACCAUGUCUUCUCUAGACCAGAAGGAGACAGAGCAGUACAAUGAAGAGGACCCAAUUGAUCCAAAUGAAGAUGAAUCUUUUCCAGGACAAAGUAGAUGGGGUGAUGACGAGCUGAGCUUCAAAGGAAACCCAACACUUAGGCAGUAUGAAGGUGAGCAAUACACCUCAACCCUGGCGAAGGAAUACCUUCCCUAUUCCCUAAGUAAUCCACCGAAGCCCAGUGAAGACUUUCCUUACAGUGAAUUCUAUCCCUGGAACCCACAGGAAACUUUUCCCAUCUAUAACCCAGGACCUACUAUAGCACCACCUGUGGACCCCAGAAGUUAUUUUGUUAACAAUGCAGUAGGACAAGAAGAAAGCACUCUCUUUCCUUCAUGGACCUCCUGGGACCACAGGAAUCAAGCUGAGAGGCAGAAAGAAAGUGAGCCGUAUUUCAACAGAAAUGUCUGGGAUCAGUCAAUGAGUUUACACAAAUCUAAUAUACAAAACCCAAACCAUCCUUAUUCCACUACAUCCCCUGCUGGAUUUCCAAAAGAUCCAACGUGGCUUGAAGGUGAGAAUUUGAACUAUGAUUUACAAAUUACUAGUUUAAGUCCACCAGAGAGAGAACAGUUGGCUUUCUCAGACUUCAGGCCUCAAAGUUACCCAACAGGCCAAAAUGAAGACCAUUUAUUUCACCAAAGUCAGAGAGGGUCUUGCUGCAUUGGUGGCUCCACAGGACAUAAAGAAAAUGUGCUGGCUUUACACGACUACACUUCAUCCUAUGGCCUUCCACCAAGAAAGACCCAAGAAAUCAGUCCUGUGCAUACAGAAAGCAGUUAUACCAAAUAUGCAAAACCUAAUGUUUCCCCAGCAAGCAUCCUACCUAAUCAAAGAAAUAUCUCAGAGAACAAACUGACUGCAGAAAGCCCAAACCCAAGUCCAUUUGGAGACGAUGUGCCUACUGUGAGAAAAAACACUCCAAAUUCUGGAAAGAAUCAACUGGAGACAGGAAUUACAGCCCUUUCUGAAGCCAGCUCUUCUCAGCCAAAAAACACAGCCUGUCUUAAAAGUGACCUUGGAGGAGAUCGGAGGGAUGUUCUGAAACAGUUUUUCCAAGGCAGCCAGCUCGGUGAAAGAACUGCUGGCCUGACCCCUGAGCAGCUCGUCCUUGGUAGUCCUGAUAAAGGCUCUGGCCCAGACCGCACACACAGUGAAGCCCAAGGCAGUGAGGGUGAAAUGCAGCAGCAGAGGCCACCCACCAUCCGGAAGUUGCCAUGCUUUGGUUCCAAAUUAGCAAAACUUCACUCUUCUAGCACUGGACCUCCAACUAACAAUGGAGGGCCAAGCCUACCUAAUGGUGCUCUCUCCACACCCACCGAAAGUCCUGACACAUUGGUUGGGUUAGCUACUAGGGAACAAUUUAAAAGUAUAAAUGUCGAUCAACUUAAUGCAGAUGGACACACGACACUUGAAUCUUUUCAAGACACCAGUCCACAGGACCAAGCACACGGCUGUUUACUGCUUCAGGCCUAG